CCAACCUCACAUCGCAGGAAAUGGUUGUCGUGGGGGACUUGCCGCCGUAAGUGCUUAGGCAUUUUCGCGAUAAGCUAUCCCCAAGCUCCACCCAAAGUUUAUCUCGCGCCAGAGCCGGUCCGCACCAGCUUUCAACAACGACAGUCACCCACCGACCGACAUAGAUGGCAGGGCCAACAAAAUCCCGCUGGGCGGACGAUGAAGAGGAUCCUGCUCUAGAUACGCAGCGAAAACGCGAAAAGGAAGAAAAGAAGCGGGCAAAGGCUGAGAAGCAGCGGAAGGCUGAUGAAGCUGCUGCAGCUGCCGCCGAGCAACAGCGGCUAGAAGCAUUGCGCCGCGCACAAGAGACUCAUCCAGAGCAUGCUGAGCUAGCGAACCGGCCGGCAAAGAGGCGGAGAUUAUCUCCAGAGUUGGCAGGGGAGCUAAAGAGCGGACAGGCGAAACUGUUGAGGUUCCCUGGCUCGAAUUGGAAGAAAUGUCGCAGCGUCGAGGAUUUCGAGAAGCUGAACGACAUCGAGGAGGGAGCAUACGGAUGGGUAUCGCGGGCAAAAGACUCGAUUACGAGUAAAGUCGUGGCAUUGAAGAGGCUUAAAAUGGAGAAUGCACAAGAUGGUGUGCCAGUCACUGGGUUGCGAGAGAUCCAAACUCUGAUGGAUUGCUCACAUCCCAAUAUUGUGCGCCUACAAGAGAUAGUAGUUGGCGAGGACACCAGCAAGAUUGAAAACAUCUUCCUUGUCCUUGACUUCCUAGAGCACGACCUCAAAACCCUCCUCGAAGACCUCUCCGAACCAUUCCUCCCUUCCGAAACUAAGACCCUCUUCCACCAGCUGGUGUCGGGAGUUGCAUACCUUCACUCGAACUGGAUUCUCCACCGAGAUCUCAAAACGUCCAACCUUCUCCUCAACAAUCGAGGCAUCCUCAAGAUAGCGGACUUCGGCAUGGCACGGUACUACGGCGACCCCAGCCCGAAACUUACCCAGCUUGUCGUCACCCUCUGGUAUCGAGCCCCCGAGCUAUUGCUAGGCGCAGACAAGUACAGCACAGAUGUGGACAUGUGGUCUGUCGGAUGCAUAUUUGGUGAGCUGCUCACACGCGAGCCGCUGCUACAAGGGAAGAACGAAGUGGACGAGCUCUCGAAGAUCUUCGAGCUGUGUGGCAUUCCGACGGAGGAGUCAUGGCCUGGCUUUCGCCGCCUACCGAACGCGCGCAGUUUGCGCCUGCCUAAGAAUCCAGCUACGCACGGCUCGGUAAUAAGGAGCAAAUUCCCAUUUCUCACUACGGCAGGCAGCAACUUAUUGUCGAGCCUGCUGAGCCUGAACCCAGCAGGUCGUCCGUCUGCACAGGAGGUGCUGGACUCACCAUAUUUUAGGGAAGACCCGAAGAUGAAGAGUACGGCCAUGUUUCCGACCUUCCCUUCUAAAGCGGGAAUGGAGAAGAGGAGGCGGCACACACCGAAUGCACCUAUUCGCGGUGAUGCCCCGGGUCUGCAGAGUAUUGAUUUCAGCGGGAUAUUUGCAGGUCGGGAAGAGGAAGAGAAAGGUGGUGGAUUCAGCUUAAAGUUGAUAUAGCGUUUUUCUCCGAACGAGAUGGGAAGUUGGGAGGUGGAUAUACCCUGGGAAUGGACAUUGUAGAUAACCGGGAUACAGUAGAAUGCAACG